CCGGAAGAUAGAGAGUGUGACUCCGGCCGGGGUUUCAAACUGUAGCGGUUUCUCCGGCUUCCCGGAAACGGCUGCUCCGGGAAAGAGUGUUGGAGAGCGAAGAUGGCGUCUCUGUCAGUGUGCCAGCCGACGUGCGGGGGUUUCAGUUUCGAGUACAGCAAGAGAAACGCACUCUUGGAGGCUGAAUUUACAAAGUUAGGGUCCAGUAUCCCUACUGCAAGAAAAACUGGCACCACAAUUUGUGGAAUUGUUUUCAAGGAUGGCGUUGUCCUUGGUGCUGAUACCAGAGCCACUGAAGGAAUGGUUGUCGCUGAUAAGAACUGUUCCAAGAUUCACUACAUUUCCUCUAACAUUUACUGCUGUGGUGCCGGGACAGCAGCGGACACGGAGAUGACCACCCAGCUCAUCUCUUCCAAUCUGGAGCUUCAUGCUCUGUCCACUGGGCGGCUUCCUAGGGUCUCCACAGCCAAUCGCAUGCUCAAACAGAUGCUUUUCAGAUACCAGGGGUACAUUGGCGCCGCCCUGGUGCUUGGUGGGGUGGACUGCAACGGGCCACAUCUCUACAGCAUCUACCCACACGGCUCGACUGACAAGCUGCCUUACGUGACCAUGGGUUCUGGAUCUCUGGCAGCAAUGGCUGUAUUUGAGGACCGAUAUAAACAAGAUAUGGAGGAGGAAGAAGCAAAGCAGUUGGUCCGAGAUGCGAUUGCAGCAGGAAUUUUCAACGACUUAGGCUCCGGCAGCAAUAUUGAUCUCUGUGUCAUUACUAAAGGCAAAGUUGACUAUUUACGUCCUCAUGAUGAGGCCAACAAAAAGGGUGUUAGGGAACUUGAAGCCCUGCCAAAAUCUGGGAGCUACAAGUACAAAAGGGGAACGACGGGAGUUCUGACGAAGGCCAUCACCCCAUUAGACCUGGAGGUUGUGGAGGAAACUGUACAAACAAUGGACACAUCUUGAAAGUACUUGUAACUUGUGUCUUGGUUUCCACUUACUUUGUGGUAUUCUAAUGCCUGCUGUAUUUAUAAUAUCACGAUGGUGGUGAACUGUAGGCUACAUUUUACUAUUAAAGCCUGUGUAUGAGUACAA